AUGCGGGUGCUGAGUCUGCUACCUCUGCUCCUGUCUCUGGCCGCGGCGAGGGCCCAGUGCUCGCUGAUCAGACACGUGCUGUACGUGGAGAAGGAAGGGUGCAACUUCUGCAUGGCCGUCAACACCACCAUCUGUGCCGGCUUCUGUAUGUCACAGGACGUCAACAUCAAGGCGCUCCUGCCCAAGAUGGCCCUGGCCCAGAGGGUGUGCACCUACCGGCACAUGGACUACAUCUCCAUCCGGCUUCCUGGGUGCCCGCCUGGCGUGGACCCGGUCUACAGACUGCCCGUGGUAUUGGGCUGUGUGUGCAGCCAGUGUUCGACCGACACCACUGACUGUACCACCGGCGUCGAAGCGCCUCUCCACUGCACGAAACCUCAAUGGCACAUCCCCGCAUCACGCUCCCCCCUCCUCCUCUUCUCCGCUACCCCCCGCAAGCAGGAGGCUAAUCACGGUCUCGCUCCAUUCAAUUGAUCGAUUCUUGCUCCUCCCCCAUCCCUGCUCUGUAACCCUCUGCUUAACAGGAAUCCAUCGUUCUCUGGCGAUUCAGUGCACACAUAAUGCAGCAGCUUUCAGAAUUCACCGCCACUCUGUGCACAAAGAGCUUCUUCCUACAUCACAGACUGGCACUAGGACAGCUGCAGUGCCGAGGUUGGCCAGCAGCUGGCAGUGUUGCUCCACUUUCCCUUCCCUGACCACAAUCCAUUGAUGGGAGACUAUGAAACAAAAUUACAAACUUACCACUGCGUGAAAUUCAAAAGACAAACAAUUAUUGUACCUGACGAAAUACAGAUUAUCGUGUGGCAUUAAGUUUGUUACAAUACUGUACUCAGUACCAGUGUCAUAAC